AUGAUCAUACCAGCAGUUUUCGGCAGCGUGGCAGCAAUUUUUGCAUCCAUACUGCAAUAUCAGAAUGGCGGCCUGCUCAAUGUGUUCAUAAAACCCGUUCCGCCGACCAACGGUCAGAGUGAGGUCUCCUUUGAGCCCCAGCAAGACCCCAGUGUAAUCAGUACACACGUUACGAACAUAGUGUGGGGCAAGUUGUCGGAGUCAGACCUGGCCGUGUUGGCGGCGUUGCCCGAAAACGUGGGAGGAGGCGAUAAAGCGGUGGCAGAAGCCAUUGCGAAUCCAAACCUUGAGGGUCAAAUUAUCAUCACCUUCAUCGUGUGCUUGGUCUUGGCGUCACUGGGUCUUCUGGCCAUCUUCAUUUUCUCCUUCAUAUAUUGCUGUUGCUGCUCUUCAGGCUGCCACGGUGAAGAUGACGACGAUGAAAAGGUGAGUUAA